GUUUUCUCUCACAGAUGUUAUAUUGAAAGAGAAAGAAAGAAAAGAGAGGAUUUAGGAAUAGAUUUACAAACAGUUUCACUGAGUCUUGAAGAUAACGAACAACUAGCUGAACAAGGUGAGGUACUGACGAGUCGUUAUAUAAAAGGAUAUUUACGUCAUGUUUAUCCACUUUUCUUUGAAGAAGGAAUCCGUGCUCUUCAUGAUUAUUUAAUGUGUGAAGAAAUGUUGAAUUAUAUUGGUAGACAUAUUGGUAUUACAGAUCUUAUGUUAUGCUCGGAUUUUCCUGCCAAAGACUCAACUGUUGUAAAAACGUUAAAAGCUUUGAUUGGUGCAAUUCAACAAGAAAAGGAUGAAGAAAGAGCCAGAAGAUUUAUUCGUGAUUUUAUUUUACCACAAUUAAUUGGUGUGGAUGUCAAUGAAACAUGGAAAGUUGUUAAUCCUGUGGGUUUAUUGUCCGCAAUCCUUAAUUCACAGAACCGCGGGUUACCUGAACCAAGGUUGUUAAGGCAGGCAGCUAGUAAUACAGUCUUGGCUGUUUAUCAUGUUGGUAUUUAUUCAGAUAAACAGCUCAUUGGAAAAGCCCCAGGUGAAACUAUUAGCAUAGCGGAGGAAAUGGCAGCCAGGGAUGCUCUUAAAAAUUUAAUGAAAACAGCGGACAGCCGACCAGCUUUACUUCUGGGAAAACAUGCAGAGGAUUUAAAGUUUGAUGAAAAUAAAACUAAUAUUAGUGCUAUAGACUUUAUAGAACAACAUGAACCUAAACAAAAAGCAGAGAUAACGAGUUGAUUGACUAUAUAAACAAACAGGGGAGAUAACUAGUUGAUUGGAUAAACAGAUAUUAAUAGACUAGACAAUCUGUGUGUUAAUUUUUAUAAAUAAAAUGUAUAGAUCAAUGAA